AUGGGCCUCUUCAUCACCGCCAGGAGCGGGUCCCUGGCGGAGCGCGAGGGCGCUGCAGCAGCGCCCCACCAGCAUAUCCUGGCAGAACCUGCAGCCAACCUAGUCCCACCAAGACAGUUCCCCUCACCCACCCCCAUGUGGCCCACACUGCCAGGGGGCAGGGAUACUGGCCGGUACCCUGCCUACAAAGAGAUGGUUUCUGAGUACUGCUGGCUGGACCGAUUGAGCAACGGGUCGCUGCGGCAGCUGUCCCCCGCCUCGGAGAGCAGCUCGAGCGGCUCCUCCUAUGCCUCCAGCGCCCCCUGCAGCUCGGCCGAGGGCUCCCUGCCCUCCCAGCGCCUGGAUGGAGGCCUGGGGCUUGACGAGCCGCACAGUCGGGGCCCAGGCUGGGGGCGGGUGGACACAGCCAUGCAGACGGAGCCGGACGUGGGCGGCCGCGUGGAGACCUGGUGCAGUGUGAGGCCCACCGUCAUCCUCAGGGACACAGCCAUCCGCUCCGACGGCCCCCGGCCCGCCCGCCGCCUGGAUUCUGCGCUCUCCGAGUCCCCUAAGACUGCUCUGCUGCUGGCCCUGAGCCGACCCCGGCCCCCCAUCACAAGGUCCCAGAGCCACCUGACCUUGUGGGAGGAGAAGAAGCAGCGGAAGAAGGAGAAGUUGGGGUCCUCCGGGGAAAAGGGGGCCCUGCAGCGCUCCAAGACACUGAUGAACCUCUUCUUCAAGGGAGGGUGGCAGGGCUGGCUGGCAGGGCAUGGGCACAGAGAGGCCUGGACGCUGGACGGAGGGAGCCCGGCCAAGCCCCGCCCUCGCCUAGACCUGGAGAAAGCAGGGGCAGUGGGGCCUGUGCAGAAGUUUGUCACCUGGAGACUGAGACGCGAGCGGGAGCGGGGCCCGACCCUGCUCUCUGCUAGGUCCGGGGGCUCCUCCAGCCAGCUGCCCGACAUGGCUGAGCAGGUGCAAGCCUGGGAGAGCCGACGGCCCCUUAUCCAGGACUUGGCCCGACGGCUGCUGACUGACGACGAGGUGCUGGCAAUCACCCGCCACUGCUCCCGGUACGUGCACGAGGGCGGUGUGGAGGACCUCGUGAGGCCCCUGCUGGCCAUUCUGGACAGGCCCGCGAAGCUGCUGCUACUGAGGGACAUCAGGAGCGUGGUGGCCCCCACCGACCUCGGCCGCUUCGACAGCAUGGUGAUGCCCGUGGAGCUGGAGGCUUUUGAGGCCCUUAAGAGCCGGGCAGUACGGCCUCCUGCCUUGCGACCAGCCCGGCAGGACACACCGCCCAAGCGUCACCUCAUCACGCCUGUGCCUGACAGACGUGGAGGUUUCUACCUGCUGCCUGUGAACGGCUUCUCGGAGGAGGAAGACGAUGGGGAACUGAGGGAGCGGCUGGGGGGCCUCCAGCUCUCCCUGGGUGCCUCUGCUCCCCGCCACCCUCAUAAAGGGAUCCCCCCUCUCCAAGACGUGCCAGUAGACGCCUUCGCCCCACACCGAAGCUCCUGCACACCCCCUCCCCAGCCACCCCCCGUCGCUCCCCGGCCCCCAAGGCCUAACUGGCUGCUGACAGAACCCCUGACCCCAGAGGACCCUCGGCAGGGCCAGAGCCAGAGGCAGAGCCAGGGCCCUGCCCAGAGCCACAGCCGCAGCCGGGGUCGAGGCAAGUCCCCCGGACGCAGGCGCUCCCCAUCCCCAGCGCCUGUCCCCACCCCCAGCAUGGCCAGCGGGCGCUACCACAAGCCUCGGAAGGCCAGGCCCCCUCUGCCACAACCUGUGGAUGAGCAGGCAGCCAAGGCGGGGGGCUGUCAAGGCCCCUCCGAGAAUGGAACUGGCGGGACAGCCAGGGAGGCAGCCAAGAAGGCCCCUGGUGGGGAGCUGAGGACAGUCACGCUGUCCAAGAUGAAGCAGUCCUUGGGCAUCAGCAUUUCUGGGGGCAUUGAGUCCAAGGUGCAGCCCAUGGUGAAGAUAGAAAAGAUCUUUCCGGGGGGGGCUGCCUUCCUCAGUGGGGCCCUGCAGGCUGGCUUCGAGCUUGUGGCAGUGGAUGGAGAGAGCCUGGAGCAGGUGACCCACCAGCGAGCAGUAGAUACCAUCCGCCGAGCUUAUCGAAACAAGGCUCGGGAGCCCAUGGAGCUUGUGGUCAGGGUCCCCGGGACCAGUCCACUACCCUUACCCCCUGACUUGUCAGCCCUCACCAAUCAGGGCCUUCCUGCUGACCAUUCCCCUGCCCGCUGACCCCUUGAUGGUACUCCUCCCUCCCACUGCCUCCCAGAACCUCCCAUUAAUGCUCUGCCCACCAAUAUCCAGAUUCCUCCCACCGACGCCAGGCUCCUCCAUCGGACCGACAGCCCAGUCCCUUCUCUAGCCCUCCAGACUCCUGAUACUAACCCCAGACUCUCCCCACCUAUGCUAUGACUCUUCCCACUGACUUGAGAUCCUCCCACUGACUCUCAGGACCCUCCUGCUGUCUCCCAGACCUCACCUACUAACCUCCUCGGGACUUAGGAACCUCCCCCUCUUGCUUGACUUGCCUCCUCCCAAAGCUCCCCAUUUUCUUCCCUCUCCGGCUAUCACUAAGGCUCUGCCCUUUCCAGAUAAACUUGGUGUCAAGGACAAGGUGCUCCUGGGUAGCCUGUGUCACCCGCUCACUGCCCCCAAUCUGCCAGGACAGGGAGAGGUUGGGAGAAAGCCAAGGUCUGGCACUUGGGAUUGGUGGGCACUUUCUCAUGAUGUCCCCUUUAAUGCCCCCAAGCACUGAGGGACAUGGGCUCUCAACAGGGCCCUGAAGGGUCAUUGCACCCAUCCCCCAGCCCCAAGCAGUGUUCUGUGCAAAGGACAGGAUGGAAGGCUUUUCUAGUUUCUCAAACCCUGAGAGACCAUUUCAUGUCGUGGUCCGCUAGGACCUCACACUUUCUACUGGAUUUGUCCUUCCCCCAUCACUCUUUCCCUCCCCAAGAUCCCUACGAGGGGUAGGGGAUUAGCCAGCAAAUUGAGGGGGCCUGGGGGGAGGGGUCAAAGAAGUUCCCAUAAUCUCUACCUAGCACACUCAUCUUUUUUUUAAAAACAAAAGAUUUUUUAAUUUUUUUCUUUGGGUUUGUACAAGAAAUUUACA